AUGGGAGGAAUUAAUAUGGAAACAAGAUACUCAGAUACUGUUAAAAAUAAUAUAAAUAGAAAAGUUAAAAAUAAUAUAAUGGAAAAGAAUGAUACAACAAAUGAAAAUAUUAUGAACAUGUUAUUAGAAAUCCAGCAAGAUAUAAAAGAAAUUAAGGAACAGGUGAAAGAUAUAGAUGAAAGAUUGGAAUCA